AUAAUUCUCAUUCUGUUACGAAUGACUUAAACUCUCUUAUUGUUGAUGAUAUUAUCAUAUCUUCACCUGAUAUGUGUCAAGGUUCUGCACAAGAUGCACAGGGAGAUAUUUUUAUUGACCCUUGUAAUAGUAACGCUAGCUUUCAGGCGAUUGAAGGAAAUAUCAUUGACAGCGUAGACGAAAUUAAUCAUUCUAGCACAGAAAAUAAAUUUGAUUCAUCGACCACUUCUGGUAACAGCGUAGGCGAAAUUAAUUACUAUAGCACAGAAAAUAAACUUCAUUCAUCUGCCACUUCUAAUAACAGCAUAGAAUCUUCCUUAUUUUCGAAUGAUGGUAAAACGAAAACUUCAACCUUUGACAACGCUGAUGGAGCUGAAAAUUCCUCAAAUCUUACUGUAUUUGAACAAGUAUUGGCAAACACGGUUCAAGAAAGUCCACAUUUGGCCUCAGCAAUAUGUACUGCACUGUCUAAUGCUACGCCUUCAUCAGAUUGUAAUUCCAAAUCCUCUAAUAAUUCUGUUACCGAUAUUGAUUCUUUUAUUAAGAAUAUUACAAAGCAUAAAAAACAAGACCAGAAAAAAGAUGAUAGUAGUUCAUCCGAUUUAUCUGGCUCUAGUGAGUCUAGACGUGCAGAAGAUGGUAAUAAAACGCAAGAAAAAAUGGAUUGUAAAUUUACUGCCA